GGCGACCGGGAGUCGGGGACCGGCGGCGCUCGCUCGCAGAGGCGCCCCUCGGGGGAACCUGGGCCCGAGAGUCUGGGGGCCACCACCCACGGCCGGGCCGCGCGGGAAUCCAAGUCGGGAGGCGCCUCUCCAAGGUCAGCGGACGAGCGCGAGGAGGGUCCCGGGCGUCGCGGGGCCGAGCCCGCCCCCUUCCCUGGGCUCAGGUUUGAGAAGAAGCUGCCCGAGCCGACGCCGGUGAGGCGGCCGAGAUGGCAGAGCCCUACGUGAAGAAGCUGUCCACCGUCCUGCUGGAGGCCAUCACCGACAAGGACCCUCUGGUGCAGGAGCAGGUCUGUGGCGCCCUGUGCGCCCUCGGAGAGGCGCAACCAGCGGAGGUGCUCCGAGCCUGUGAGGAGUACCUGUGGCAGCACGAGAAGUUGGCACAUCCUUACCGGACGAUGAUCCUGAGGGCCAUGGAGACGGUCGUGAGCAGUCACAUCAGUGACCUGGACAAGGACAUGGCCAGGGCUGUCAUCUUUCUGGCCUCCAGCGAGAUGACCAGGGUGAAGGACUUGGUGUGUGACUGGCAGCAGGCUGCCAGCAACGUCCUGGUGGCUGUUGGGAAGCAGUUCAUCGGCCUGGUGAUGGAGGAGGUGCUGAGCAAGUUCCAGCCUGGGGCCCUGCCGCACUACUUCGUCGUGCAGACCCUCGCCAACCUGGCGGCUUCCAACGUGUUCGGCAUGGUGCCCUUCCUGACGUCCAUCCUGAGCACCAUGCUCCCCAUGCUGGGCAUGGCCAAGCACGAUACGAUGAGGGUGGCGUUUUGCUGUGCUCUGCAGCACUUCAGCGAGAGCACCCUGGAGUACCUGGCCAACCUGGACCAAGCCCCAGACCCCACGGUCAGGAAGGACACCUUUGCCACUGACAUCUUCAGCGCCUACGACAUCCUCUUUAACCACUGGCUACAGAGCCGUGAGGCCAAGCUCCGGCUCGCCGUGGUGGAGGCUCUGGGGCCCAUGAGCCACCUGCUGCCCAGUGAGAAGCUGGAGGAGCAGCUCCCCAAGCUGCUGCCGGGGGUCCUGGCCCUCUACAGGAAGCACGCCGAGACCUUCCACGUGUCCAAGAGCCUGGGCCAGAUCCUUGAGGCUGCGGUGAGCGUGGGCAGCCGCACGCUGGAGGCCCAGCUGGACGCGCUCCUGGCUGCUCUACACGCUCAGAUCUGUGUGCCCGUGGAGUCGUCCAGCCCUCUGGUGGUGAGCAACCGAAAGGAGGUGUUACGCUGCUUCACUGUGCUGGCGUGCUGUUCGCCUGACCGCCUGCUGGCCUUCCUGCUGCCCAAGCUCGAUGCCAACAACGAGAGGACCCGCGUGGGCACCCUGCAGGUCGUGAGGCACGUCAUCAACUCAGCUGCUUCUCAGAUGGAAGUGAGGAAGCCCUUUAUUCUCUCCUCCAUGAGGCUUCCUCUUCUGGACACCAACAGCAAGGUGAAGCGGGCAGUGGUGCAGGUGAUCAGUGCCAUGGCACACCACGGCUACCUGGAACAGCCUGGAGGAGAGGCCAUGGUCGCGUACAUCGUGCAGCAGUGCGCGCUGCCCCCCGAGGCCGAGCCUCAGAAGCCGGGUCCCGACAGCGAGGACCCCGCCACGGACAGUGUGCGGGACGUCAGCAUCAGCACCCUCUACCUGGUCAGCACCACCGUGGACAGGAUGAGCCACGUCCUCUGGCCGCACCUGCUCGAGUUUCUCACCCCCGUGCGAUUCACCGGGGCGCUGACCCCGCUCUGCAGGAGCCUCGUGCACCUGGCCCAGAAGAGGGAGGAGGUGGGGGCCGAUGCCUUCCUCAUCCAGUACGACAGCAACGUGACCCUCCCUUCACCCUACGCCAUCACCACGAGACUCCUGACCGUGUCUUCCAACCCCUACCUGGGGGACGGCCGCGGGGCCGCCUCGCUGCGUCUCUUGAGCGUCCUGCAUCGUAACAUCCACCCUCUGCUGGGUCAGCGGUGGGCCACCACCGUCCCCCUGCUGCUGGAACACCUGGAUGAACAUACUGAAGAGACCCUGUCCCAGAAGGAGUGGGAGGAAAGGCUGCUGGCGUUCCUUCGGGACACUCUGGCUGUCGUGUCUGACAACACGUGGAUUUGCCAGCUGAGCCUAGAGAUGUGCAGACAGCUGCCCUGCUACAACGGGACGCCCCAGGAGAAGAACUUCCUGUAUAAAUGCAUUGGAACCACGCUGGGUGCCGCUUCGAGCAAGGAGGUGGUGAGGAAGCAUCUGCAAGAGCUUCUGGAGACGGCCAGACACCAGGAGGAGGCCGAGCGCGAGGGCCUCGCCUGUUGCUUUGGGAUCUGUGCCACCUCUCACCUGGAUGAUGUCCUGGCCCAGCUGGAGGACUUCAUGAGGUCAGAUGUGUUCAGAAGAUCCACCGGCAUUUUCAACAUUUUUAAGGACCGAAGUGAGAACGAGGUGGAAAAGGUGAAGUCAACUCUGAUCCUGUGUUACGGCCACGUGGCAGCACGGGCCCCCCGCGAGCUGGUGCUGGCCAAGGUCGAGUCGGACAUCCUCCGGAACAUAUUCCAGUACUUCAGCACCAAGGUUCUGGGAAUAAAGGUAGAGACCAAGGACCCGGCUCUGAAGCUGUGUCUCAUCCAGAGUGUGUGCAUGGCCAGCCAGGCCAUCUGCAGCAGCGCCCAAGCUGGCUCUUUCCACUUCUCGAGGAAAGCGGAGCUGGUGGCACAGAUGAUGGAGUUCAUCAAGGCAGAGCCCCCAGACUCCCUGAGAACGCCCAUCCGGAAGAAGGCCAUGCUUGCCUGCACUUACCUGGUCUCCCUGGAGCCAGCGCUGGAAGAGCGAGUGCAGGCGGACUUGAUCCGCGGCUGUCUACACAGCGUCAUGGGUGUGCUGCCUGAGCCCGAGGGGGAGGAGGACCGCCAGGAGUCCCUGUAUCUGGACACUAUGCGCGCCCUUGAGGAUUUGCUGACAAGCCUCCUUCGGCGGAACAUGACCCCGCAGGGCCUGCAGAUCAUGGUGGAGCACCUGAGCCCGUGGAUCAGGUCCCCACGGGGCCACGAGAGGGUGCGGGCGCUGGGCCUGAGCGCCUGCCUGCUGCAGCACUUCCUGGAGCACCUGCACGUCAGCGCCCUGGUGCCCUUCCACAACCUGGGCCUCCUCAUUGGCCUCUUCUCCCCACGGUGCGCGGACUUGUGGCCUGCCACCCGCCAGGAGGCUGUGAGCUGCGUCCACGCCCUGCUGUACCUCCAGCUGGGCUAUGAGGGCUUCUCCCGUGACUACCGGGAUGAUGUGGCCGAGCAGCUCCUCGCCCUCAAAGAAGGCCUCGUGCACCCCGACCCCGCCGUCCUCUUCCACACCUGCCACGGCAUAGCCCAGAUUAUUGCCAAGCGCCUCCCGCCAGAGCAACUCAUCAGCCUCCUGCUGACCUUGUUUGAGAGUCUGGGAGACCCGGACAAGAACUGUUCGAGGGCGGCUACCAUCAUGGUCAACUGCCUGCUGAGGGAGCGAGGGAGCAUGCUCCAGGAGAAGCCACACCUGCACCCUGUGGCGGGCGCUGGCCCUGGAGCCCAGCCUCACCGCACAGGUCCUGGGGCUGCUCCUGGAGAAGAUGAGCAGGGACGUCCCGUUCAAGGAGACCCGGGCCUUCCUGCUAAGCAGCUCCCCUGGCCGCGAGGCCACGCUGCUGCCCCUUGCGGCCACGUGUGCCCUGCACGAGGUCCUGAGCGCCCUGGAGUCUGGGCCCGCGGUGCUCGAGCUGUACCCGCAGCUGUUUGCCGCGCUCCUGCUGCGGGUCAGCUGCACCCUGGGCGUCCUGCUGCCCCGGAGCCUGCAGGCCAAGGAGAGGAGGAGCGUGGGCUCGGCCGUGGCCCCCAGGAGCCUCGAGCCCUGCAGCCUCGGUGCUCGGCCCUGGGUCCCUGCUCCUUCUGCACCAGAGCCGCUUCUUCCGGCAGAAAGCGUGCAGUGGCCUCACCGCCUCUCCCCAGGGCCCCCUACAGGGGUCAGAUCCCCAGCCCCGCGGGGAGGGCUCAGCACCAGCCCCUCCACCACUGGCCUGUGCAGGCACCUUCCCUCUCUGCUCUUUUCGGGGGUGCGGGCCCUGGUGGUCUGCCAAGUGGGCCCUGGGGCGGGAGAGCGGGACAGGCAGGGUGGAGCUGCUUGAGGGAGGUGGUGGGUGGAAGGCCUCAACAGCUCGGGCGUCGGUCCCUGGGGUCGUCCCUGGGCCCACCACAGUGGCACUUCGGAGCCCAAUCGACGGCCCCGGGGCCACGGGGCAAAGGGAGGAAGCUGAUACCCCAGGGCCUGCAGACCUCCCCACCCGUUCCAGGCACGUGGGGCCGGACGGGCCCCGUGCCCCGUGGUGGGGACAGACGGGGGCAGCGUCAGUACGCCCCGCCCCGCCGCCACCGCCGCCACAGGAGCACCCGGGCCUGGCGCUCUGGGAGGGGCCGCGUGCCGGAGCCCGGAGCCCACCCGGCUCUGCGCAGACCGAGCAGAAAAUGCGAAUGCGCUGGCAGACACCGCCGGGACUGCACGCCACGGCUCGCGAGCCCUCAGCGGGGGCCCUGGGCUGCCACCCCCUGAGCUGAGACGUGCGCGGAGCCAGGCGCAGGUAGAGGAGGCCCGUCAGGCCACGGUAUGGGCCGCAUCCGUAAGAGCUCCAGGCAGCGGGGUGGACGAGCCAGGGAGGUGCCUUCUCAGCCAAACCUGCAUCUCCCCACUUUAGAUUGGCCGUAGCCAAAAAUCGCCCUAAAUGAGCCGUCUUGGUCAAAGGCAGGCCACCUGGUGGAUGCCCCUACCUCGGUUGCUGGCCGUGUCAGGUCAAGCGUCCACCCUGGGCCGGGAGCUCCCAGGGCCGGCGGUGCGGGGCCACACGCAUCUGCAGGCCGGUGUGAGGCCUGGAGUGAGAGGUGGCCACUCGCAGGGGCGAGGUCAACACCGGGCCGGGGCUGCUAUGGCCCCGAGGCUCCCCACGUGGGGUUCCGAGAGCCCCGACGAGCUCUCUUCGGGCCUCGGGCUUUGGUGUGAGGUUCUCCCGGGUGCCAGACCCAUGCUGCUCCCCACCCCCCAACCCCCCACCCCCGACCCGGGACCAUGGGCCGUGCCCCUGCGGCCUGCCCGCCGCCAGCCCCGCGUGCCCCAGCUGGGCCCCGUGGGCGCAGCCCCCACCAACCGGGGAGACAGGAGAGCCAAGUGCCUGCAGGGCUGUGGGGGCAGGCACAGCAGCAGGCUCAGCCCGGCCCAGCCCACCCCUGGCCGAGUUUCUAGAGGGAGCCGGGCACAUCCUGGCUCCCAGGUGGGAGGCCCUUCCUCACUGGCACAGAGCCCCAUCUGUGGUCCCCUCCUUGGGCUCCGGGGUGUCCCAGGGUGGGUGUGGCUGUGCGCACGCGAAAGCAGGGGACUUAGGUGCAGGAACAGAGCCUGAUUCUCAGGGUGUCAGGCAUGUCUGAGGCCAGACACGUCUGUGGUGCAGCCACAGCCCCAGGCCUUUGGAGACCCUGCUCCUCCCUGCCUACUGACACUGGGUUUCCCAGGCACUCAUCCGAAGGCUCCGUGCUGCCCAGGCAAGAAGAGUCAGACGCCGAUCUGUCUUUUGGGUUCAUUUUUGUUAACGAUUUUGUUUUCUUUUUCUUCUUGUCUUAGUUUAAUUAAUGAAGGUCUUUAAAGCAAGGGACAAAAGCUGUUGGUUGUUACCCUAAAAGUGCCGGAGGGCCCUGCCUGCUUCCAGAGGGUCUUGGGGACGCUGCCCAUCGUGGGGGAUGGGUGGCCAGAUGUCUCAGCAGCUUGAGACCAGAGAGGAGGGGAGGCUGCUCCCCAAGAGCACGGGUCUGUGCGUAUGGUACGGAGCAGAGGGACACACGGGGCCUCUGCCGCCCUCACCCCGCCCCCCAAACCCACCCCCGCGUGUCCCGCAGCUGCGCGGUGGAUGCUCUGCAGGCUAUGCUGCUCCGGGGGGGUAAUGAGGACGUGGUGCGGCGUGUGGAGCUGGAGGGGGGCUGGCAGCUGCUCAGGACCUCGGCAGGACAUGAGGAGGGGGUCACCCGGCUAGCCAGGUAAG